AUGGCUGGAGCAAUUCCACCUGCUAAUUACUCUAUUAUGAAAUGUGAUGUUCCCGAGCUCAAAGGGGACAACUACAAAGUGUGGAAGGAGAGAGUUCUCCUUCAUUUGGGAUGGAUGGACAUAGACUAUGCCAUUAGGAAGAUUGAACCCCCUACAGUUACUGAAAUCAGCACUGCAGACGAAAUUCAGCUUUAUGAAAAAUGGGAACGAUCCAAUCGUCUCUGUGUGAUGUUCAUAAAGACUAAAAUUUCUGCUGGUAUAAGGGGUUCAGUCGAGCAGGUCGACAAGGUCCAAGAUUUACUAAAGGCUAUCGAUGAGCAGUUCGCCACUUCAGACAAAGUAAUAGCGAGCACCCUGAUCAUACAGUUUUCAUCCUUGAGGCUCACCAGCGUAAGGGGUGUACGUGAUCAUAUCAUGCGCAUGAGGGACAUUGCGGCUCAGUUGAAGGUAUUAGAGGUUGAGAUGUCUGAAGCCUUCCUGGUUCACUACAUCCUUUGCACCUUACCUCAGCAAUAUGGCCCAUUUAAGAUAUCCUACAACACACAUAAGGACAAAUGGUCGAUCAAUGAAUUGUUGACCAUGUGUGUUCAGGAAGAGGGCAGGCUGCUUAUGGAGGAAAAGGAAAAGGAAAAGGAAAUUGUGAACUUUACUACCCCUGGGAAGUACAAGAAGAAGGAUCAAGCCAAGGACAAGGGGAAAGGGAAAAUCCCUCCUCAAAAGGACAUUAAGAAAGAGAUUGUGUGCUUCUUUUGCAAAAAGAAUGGGCACGUUAAGAAACAAUGCUCCAAGUUCAUGAAGUGGCUUGAUAAGAAAGGUACUCAACUUUCUUUUGUUUGUUAUGAAUCCAAUAUGUUUGAUGUUAAUCAUAACACAUGGUGGAUUGAUUCUGGUUCUACAAUCCAUGUCACCAAUUCAUUGCAGGAUUUACCAUGUCACCAAUUCAUUACAGGAUUUACGAGAUCUGCGGAAGCCGAUGGGAAAUUUUUUGGAUUUAAUUUGUCUUAUAAAUAUGAUGUUAUUGGAUGUGGUACUUUGUCUGAUGGUCUUUUCCUCCUUAAUUUGCAAAAUGAUGAAAACCAUACUUCUAUGCACGUUCAUGAAAAUGUUGGUACUAAACGAUGUGUUGUGAAUGAAGAGUCUUCUAUAUUGUGGCAUCGGAGAUUGGGACAUAUCUCCAUUGAUAGAAUUAAAAGGUUAGUGAAUGAUGGGGUACUUGGUACUUUGGAUUUUACUGACUUUGAGACUUGUAUAAGCUGCAUUAAGGGUAAGCAGACUAACAAGUUCAAGAAAGGUGCCAAAAGAAGUUCUGAAUUAUUGGAAAUCAUACACACUGACAUUUGUUGUCCAGACAUGGAUGCAUACCGUGAUAAGUACUUCAUCUCUUUCAUAGAUGAUUACUCGCGAUACAUGUAUCUCUACUUGCUUAACAGUAAGAAUGAAGCACUAGAUGCUUUUAAGGUGUUUAAAGCAGAAGUAGAGAAACAAUGUGGCAAACAAAUUAAGAUCGUGAGAUCCGAUAGAGGUGGAGAAUACUAUGGUAGAUACACUGAGAGUGGCCAUGCAAAUGGUCCAUUUGCGAGAGAACGUGUUAAGGAAAAGAAAGUGGUCAUUGAGCACCUUAGCACUGAGUUGAUGAUUGCUGAUGCUUUGACUAAAGGCAUGCCACCAAAGAAUUUCAAGGAUCAUGUAGUAAGAAUGGGACUUGGUUCCAUGAUGUAA